GCGGAAGCCAUUUUUAAUCGUUCCUCAGAGCGUGUUCAAAAUCCUUCUGUCUUCUUUUGUCCCUCGCUAGCUUUUGUUUACAGAGGCCAUAAUUGCUACACUUCACUUUUUCUUCUUCUUAUAUAAAUAUUUUUAAUUUCAAUUGCGCGGCUUAAAUUGAGCGGAACAACGAGAAGAGUGAGAUUUACUACUUGAGAAUUGUGCGACUGCGUCAAUUGAUUAAUAGCUUCACAGAAUUUUAAUGGCUGGGAUUUGCUGCGGAGUUGUUGGAGAGGUAGAGGCAUCGUCUGCAAUUGAGCCGAGCUCACGUGCUUCUAGGCGCCGGAGACUGGAGCUCCUGCCGCUAAAAUUAAUCGCCGAUGUGGCCGUACCACCGGCUCUGGAGAAUGGUCGGAAACGCCAGAAGAUCGAUCCAUGUCCUCCGUCUUCACCACCGCGCGAUUUCGAAAACGCAGUCAAAACUUGCGUGUCCAACCAAGUGGAAGCCAAUGAGGAAAACGAAGAAUCGAAGCCGAAAAAUGAAGCGGCGAGUUCAGGUGAAAGUUCCUCGCCCGCGGAGGAAGUGCAGGAUUACUUGAAGUUCGGCGUGACCUCUGUUUGUGGAAGGAGAAGAGACAUGGAGGACGCCGUUUCGGUUCACCCUUUGUUUUGUCCCGAAAAGAGUCAGAGUUCAAACGGAUUUCAUUUCUUCGGUGUGUUUGAUGGGCAUGGUUGCUCUCAUGUUGCGGCCAAGUGUAGGGAUCGGUUGCAUGAUAUAAUGAAGGAAGAGGUGGAAGGCGAAGGAGAAGCUGUGGAAUGGAAGGGCACGAUGGAGAGGAGCUUUAAUCGGAUGGACAAGGAGGUGCAGGAUUUGAGUGGCUCUGGGAGUAGCAGCUGUAGGUGUGACCUCCAGACUCCGCAGUGCGACGCCGUUGGAUCUACUGCCGUUGUAGCUGUAGUGACGCCGGAGAAGAUCAUAGUCUCCAACUGCGGUGAUUCUCGGGCCGUACUUUGUCGAAACGGCGCCGUGAUCCCGCUCUCGUCCGAUCAUAAGCCUGACCGACCCGAUGAAUUGCUUCGGAUCGAAGCCGCAGGAGGCCGCGUAAUUUAUUGGGACGGCCCUAGAGUUCUUGGAGUUCUGGCCAUGUCCAGGGCAAUAGGUGACGAUUAUCUGAAACCGUACGUGAUUUCGGAACCGGAGGUAACGAUAACGGAUCGGAGGGAGGACGACGAUUGUCUUAUCCUAGCGAGCGAUGGUCUUUGGGAUGUGGUCUCCAACCAGACCGCAUGUGGAGUAGCGCGAAUGUGCUUGCGCGCACAAAAGCCCCCAACACCGCCCGGAUCGCCGGGCAGUGAGGAGGCGGUUGGCGUCGCCUCGAGCAGCCAGGACAAGGCCUGCUCCGACGCGUCCAUUUUGUUGACCAAAUUGGCCUUAGCUAGGAAUAGUACGGACAACGUGAGCGUUGUCGUGGUGGAUUUGAAAAGAAAUCACUCCACCAAUUGUCAAUAAGAACAGGAAAUUAAUCUCUGUCCAAAUGGGACUUUAAAAAAAAAAAAAAUACAAUCGAACAUCCUAUUUCUAAUUGUAAUUUGCAAGGUACUAUUUUUCUUUAUUUUUCCCCUUUAAUAGAAUGUGGGGAGACAUUUAAGGGCUGCAGAAAGUGCAGAGAUAAUUGUAGAUGGGAAAACUAAUGGGGCUUUGAAUGGUAAGUGAGAUGAUGCAACAAAUGAAGACAUCAUAGCAGAAAGGCCUUGCCAAAUAUCAACUAUCAUUCCUUU